AUGACCCUCACACCAGCCAACUCUUGCUUCAAGUAGCAACUGCCUCUGAGCUCCUCGGCACCCACUGGGUCUGUGGUGUGCCGGCAUCUAGCUGCUGCCCACAGGUUGCACAUUGACCCACAGAGGAUCUGGCAAGGAUGAAGAAAUGGACUAACUUGGACUCGGGUGAGUCUGAAGACCCACCCCAAGAGGAUUCCUGCCCAGAUCCCCCAGAUGGAGACCCUAAUUAGCCCCCUCCAUCCAAGCCCCACAUUUUCUCCACGACCAAGAGCCGCACCCGGCUCUUUGGGAAGGGUGACUCAGAGGAGGCAUCUCCUAUGGAUUGCUCUUAUGAGGAAGGAGAGCUGACCUCCUGUCCAACCAUCACAGUCAGCUCAGUUGUCAUCAUUCAGAGGCCUGGAGAUGGUCCCACCUGUUCCAGGCAGCUGUCCCAGGAUUCUGUCUCUGCUGGUGCAGAGGAAACCCUCAAGCUCUACGACCGCAGGAGUAUCUUUGAUGCUGUUGCUCAGAAUAACUCCCAGGAGCUGGAGAGCCUGUUGCCCUUCCUCCAGAAGAGCAGGAAGCGCCUCACAGACAGCGAGUUCAAAGACCCUGAGACAGGGAAGACUUGUUUGCUGAAAGCCAUGCUCAACUUGCACAAUGGGCAGAAUGACACCAUCUCUCUGCUCCUGGACAUUGCCCGGCAGACAGACAGCCUGAAGGAGUUUGUCAAUGCCAGCUACACAGACAGCUACUACAAGGGCCAGACAGCACUGCACAUUGCCAUUGAGAGGCGGAACAUGUCUGUGACCCUUCUGGUGGAGAAUGGAGCAGAUGUCCAGGCGGCUGCAAAUGGGGACUUCUUUAAGAAAACCAAGGGACGACCUGGCUUUUACUUAGGUGAGCUGCCCCUUUCCCUGGCUGCAUGCACCAACCAGCUGGCCAUUGUGAAGUUCCUGCUGCAGAACUCCUGGCAGCCAGCCAACAUCAGUGCCAGGGACUCAGUAGGCAAUACAGUGCUGCACGCCCUGGUGAGGGUGGCAGACAACACAGCCGACAACACCAAGUUUGUGACGAGCAUGUACAACGAGAUCCUGAUCCGGGGGGAGCUCCACCCUACACUGAAGUUGGAGGAACUCACCAACAAGAAGGGGUUCACACCACUGGCUCUGGCUGCCAGCAGUGGCAAGAUUGGGGUAGGGAAAGGGACUUUAGCUCAAUGCAGGUCUUGGGCCUAUAUUCUCCAGAGGGAGAUCCAGGAGCCUGAGUGCAGGCACCUGUCCAGGAAGUUCACUGAGUGGGCCUAUGGGCCCGUGCACUCUUCACUCUACGACCUGUCCUGCAUUGAUACCUGUGAGAAGAACUCAGUGCUGGAAGUCAUCGCCUACAGCAGCAGUGAGACCCUGUAAAAUCGCCACGACAUGCUCCUGGUGGAGCCUCUGAACCGACUUCUGCAGGACAAGUGGGACAUUGUCAAGCGCAUUUUCUACUUCAACUUUUUUGUCUACUGCUUAUAUAUGAUUGUCUUCACCACAGCUGCCUACUACAGGCCUGUGGAUGGUUUGCCUCCCUACAAGCUGAAAAACACUGUUGGAGACUAUUUCCGAGUCAUUGGAGAGAUUCUGUCUGUAUCUGGGGGAGUCUACUUUUUCUUCCGAGGGAUUCAAUAUUUCCUGCAGAGGCGGCCAUCUAUGAAGACCUUGUUUGUGGACAGCUACAGUGAGAUGCUUUUCUUCCUAUUCCUUCCUCAGUUUGUGCAGUCACUGUUCAUGCUGGGGUCCGUGGUGCUGUACUUCAGCCACCGCAAGGAGUAUGUGGCUUCCAUGGUGUUCUCCCUGGCCAUGGGUUGGACCAACAUGCUGUACUACACCCGUGGAUUCCAGCAGAUGGGCAUCUAUGCUGUUAUGAUUGAGAAGAUGAUCCUGAGAGACCUGUGUCGGUUCAUGUUUGUCUACCUCGUUUUCUUGUUCGGGUUUUCCACAGCGGUAGUGACACUGAUUGAGGAUGGGAAGAAUGACUCUGAGCCGGCUGAGUACACAUCGCACAGGUGGCGGGGUGCUGGCUGCAAGCCACCUGACAACUACAACAGCCUGUACUCCACGUGUCUGGAGCUGUUCAAGUUCACUAUCGGCAUGGGUGAUCUGGAGUUCACAGAGAACUACGACUUCAAGGCUGUCUUCAUCAUCCUGUUAUUGGCCUAUGUGAUCCUCACCUACAUUCUCCUGCUCAACAUGCUUAUCGCCCUCAUGGGGGAGACUGUGAACAAGAUUGCACAGGAGAGCAAGAACAUCUGGAAACUGCAGAGAGCCAUCACCAUCCUGGACACAGAGAAGAGCUUCCUAAAGUGCAUGAGGAAGGUCUUUCGCUCAGGCAAGCUGCUGCAGGUGGGGUACACACCUGACGGCAAGGAUGACUACAGGUGGUGCUUCAGGGUGGAUGAGGUAAACUGGACCACCUGGAAUACCAACGUGGGUAUCAUCAAUGAGGACCCGGGCAACUGUGAGGGUGUCAAGCGCACCCUGAGCUUCUCCCUGAGGUCAGGCAGAGUUUCAGGGAGAAACUGGAGAAACUUUGCCCUGGUUCCCCUUUUAAGAGACGCAAGCACUCGAGAUAGGCACCAUGCACAGCCUGAGGAAGUUCAUCUGAAGCACUUUGCAGGGUCCCUUAAGCCAGAGGAUGCUGAGGUCUUCAAGGAUUCCAUGGCUCCAGGGGAGAAGUGAGGAAUCCCACCUGGGGUGCUCUCCAUGCUGGGCAUUUGGAUGCCCCACUGCCACUGAGGGGCUGUUCAGGGAACACCAGUGCCUUGUCAGCAGUGUGACCCUCUCCAAGCCUGCCCAGGCACAUUCCUAGGACUACACUGGACCUGCUGUGGGAAGUGUGGUUGGGUGCAUAGGAAGAGCUAUGCAUCCAUCCAUUACUGUCCCUGGGUGAAUCUUCAAUCAGGAAAUGAUCUGCCUUUCAACUUCACACUGACUUCAUUAAACAGUGUGAAGGGUAAAUCUCUACUUGGACAUAGAUUAGACCCUUGUUGUCUUUGAUUUUUAUGCUACUGGGAGUUCAAGUACAUAGAGCCCUUUGAUGAGAACAAAACUUUUCCUUCGAUAUAGAAUGCUAAAGCUCUUACUUUCUGUAUUGUGUUAAUAUCUCACCUGCCCAGAGUACUCUUGUUGUGGGGCUAUUGUUUGAUCCUCUGAGAAGGUGGGAGAUCACUGCUCCCAUUCCCAACUCUGGCAGAAUGAGGUUGUCCCAAGAGUGUCUUUAUUCUUCAGUCUGAAAUAUCAAAGUCCCCAAAAUAUUAGCUCUAUUAUUGUUCAGAUAAAAGUACAGAACCAUGUCCCAAGGGACACAUGGAGGGAAGUUUUCAAUGAUCAUAAUCCUGCUUCCUUGCAGUGCUGAAUGCUUCCACCCCACCCAUCUUGUCAUCCAUCAAAUUAAUAAAUACAUGUAUAUA